CUUUGCCAACAUAGAAUUACUUGUCCCCCUCACUUCAAUAAAGAAUCGUUUCGUUCCCCACUCCUAUAUUUCCUUAUAUAAGCCACCUUAAGUACUGCCUUUCUCAUGGCUAGCUCAGAAACUGCCUAUUUGAAUCCAAGUAUGGACAGCUCUGUCUGCCAAGACCUGAUUGAAAGUUACGAUAGCAAUGAUGAAGGGGACGGCGACGCCGAUGAAUCCCGGUUCAUAUACAUGACCAACACAAUCCUCAGCGGCACUGCCCGCCUUAACAUUCUCUUGCCUACGGCCACCAUCCUUGCCUUCACCAUUUUUGCUCCUCUGCUCACCAACGACGGCUCAUGCACAAGUUUGAACCGUUGGCUGAUGGGGUUCUUUGUUGCCCUUUGCGCAGCCUCAUGUGUCUUCUUUACCUUCACCGAUAGCUUCAAGACAGCCUCGGGGAGAAUGUACUAUGGGGUGGCGACUUUCACGGGGAUAUGGACAUUCCACGCUGCGAGGAAGAAGCCUUCUGUGCCGUCCCAUUAUAGGCUGAGAUGGGCCGAUUUAUUCCACGCAUUGCUUUCUGUUACUGCAUUUCUUGCAUUUGCAGGGUGUCACCAUGACGUUGUUGGGUGUUACUAUCCUGCAUUGCCUAGAAAAGUCACCAACACUCUUCCUCUUGUGGUUGGAUUUAUAAUAAGUGUCUUGUUUGUGGUGUUUCCUUCUAAGAGAAGGGGGAUUGGCUAUCCUUUUUUGCUGCAAAAUAUAGCUCUAUACUCUAAAUGUUGACA